CGUAUUUGGGUAAGAUUUCAGUCUGUCUGUCGUGUUAACUUUCCUUGUGCUCUGCAGCGGACAGGAUGCCGUCGAUUGAAUACGACGAUUCCAAGCCCAGUUGGGCCGAUCAGGUUGAAGAGGAGGGAGACGAGGGUACCCUACCUCCUUCAAAAGAAACCGUAAAAGGAAAUAUUAAAACCAUCACCGAAUACAAGAUCGAUGAGGAUGGAAAGAAAUUCAAGAUUAUUCGUACAUUCAAGAUUGAGACUAGGAAGGCCUCCAAAGCUGUUGCUAGGAGAAAGAACUGGAAGAAGUUUGGAAACUCAGAGUAUGACCCUCCUGGACCUAAUGUGGCAGACACCACUGUCAGUGAUGAUGUUUUUAUGGUCUUCAUCUCCAGCAAAGAGGACCUGAAUGCCCAAGACCAGGAAGAGGAUCCCAUGAACAAGCUGAAGGGACAGAAGAUAGUGUCCUGUCGAAUCUGUAAAGGGGACCAUUGGACCACUCGCUGCCCCUACAAGGACACCCUGGGCCCCAUGCAGAAGGAGCUGGCCGAGCAGCUGGGCCUGUCCACUGGAGACACCACAAAGUCUGCCGGAGAUGAGCCUGAACCUGCCACACCAGCCGCAGGGAGCAAGACUGGGAAGUAUGUGCCUCCCAGCCUGAGGGACGGUAGCACGCGCAGAGGAGAGUCCAUGCAACCCAACCGCCGCGGUGCCUCCGACGACAAUGCCACCAUCCGCGUGACCAACCUGUCUGAGGACACCCGUGAGACAGAUCUGCAGGAGCUCUUCAGGCCGUUCGGAUCCAUCUCCCGGAUCUACCUGGCCAAGGACAAAAACACAGGCCAGUCCAAGGGCUUUGCCUUCAUCAGUUUCCACCGACGGGAAGAUGCAGCUCGAGCCAUUGCAGGAGUGUCAGGGUUUGGAUACGAUCAUCUCAUCCUCAAUGUGGAAUGGGCCAAACCAUCCAAUAACUGAAGACAUGGAGAUGAGAGAUUUCAGGAUAAUGCCGGAUUAUAUUCUUCUUUUAUUAGAAUGUGGCUGUUGUCUAAAUAAAAGCAGUGAUGAGAGAAA